CUCACUUGCAGUCUGUAUUUCGGACGCUCGCUCGGUCGGUCGGUCGGACAAUCCGUCUGUUUUGUCGGUCGGAAUCCGGAAAAAUCAAACUAAUCUACCACGCUGGUCUGGUCCUGGUCGUCGGUCAAUAAUCGUGACCCUUACGGCAUAUUGUGAUAGAGAGGAUAGCCCACGAAGGAUAGUCCGCUUUUGUCGGAAGUCCUUUUUUACCCUGCCCUGUCGUCGUUGACGGUACGGCAUGCGGAACUCCAUUUUCCUUUUUCGUUACUCUGUGCUCUGUAACUUGAUUGUGAUAAUAAGAAUUUAAGUGAUUUACCAAUUCAACAACAGAAAGUCUUCACUCUUGUAUAAGGAAAAUAAAAAGAACCGAAAAGAAAAGUUCUGGUGCAUUCUGGGGCUGGGUUUUGCAACGCCGUCGAAUCGAAAAGCAAACAUAUUCGCCUGUAAUUGCAAACUACAUACAGCCAAAAGGGACUGGUUUGUCUCAAAUAAUAUCAGUGGUACGCACACGGGAAGAAAACGAAGAAAAACUGCGAUAUAUUUAGAGUUUUAGUUUUAACUUCUGCCUAUUAUAUCUGUCCGCCUGAGAGUGUUCACUUCGUUCGGAAGAAGGAGAAAUUGUUCGAGCAUUGUUAUUUGUACGGUUUUUUCCUUUCCUUUUUUUGGUUGAAAAACGAUUUUGCCGAGAAAAAAAAACUCGAGUUUUAUAGUGAAUGUUUUAGCACCGAAAGCUGGAAGGCUUUUUCGUGACGAAUUGUGACAAAAUGGGUGCUGCUUCGUUGGGGAAUUCGCCUCCGACAGGAGAUGGUUGCAUCGGAAAAUCAACUAUGGCCGAGCAUGUGUGUGUAUGAAAAUUUUCCCAAGUUUUCUCGCAUCGGGCAAUCGAGCAUGUUGCGAAAACAGAACGUGGAUUCGUCGCCAUUCGGACCUUUGAAGAGGAAUCUCAUAACUGGUGCUGUUCUGUGAUAAGUUUUCGUGGAAAUUCCUCUUAAACAAAAAGAAAAAAAAGGAGCAAGGAAGUACACUUGCAAAGAUUGCAGCAACGGCGGCAGGUGGUCGGAUAGGAUCUGUGCAGGUAGCGGCGACGUACGGAUUUUAUGAGGACGGUACUGUACGGCUCGGUACAAAUACAGGAAAAACGCCGCAGUUGCUUCAGACGGACGAAACUAACGGCGGUAGCGGCUGUUGAAGGCGAGGGUGGCAUAACAGGAGAGACAGAGAGAGUAAGAGGAAGAGACCCGGUCGCACGAGAGCAGAGAAUACGAGAAUUUAAUUGAGGUGGAAUUCAAGAGUCAAAUUGAACCACCCCACCUCCUACCCUUCCGGUUGGGUAGUGUGCUGUAAUUUUACCUCUGACAAUAGAUAAAAUGUUGUGAUUCGUUGAUGUGUGCGUGUAGUGAGCCAAAUGCAAGUGAAAAACAAGAGUGACUCUUUAUCAAAAUAGAAACGAACCGUUGUCUUGAGAAGUACUUUAAACCGAUAGAACAUACAAGUGCAACUAACUGAGCAAAAUAACAACAAUCGCAAAAACUUUUGUUUUGGAUUAUUAAUGAUAUGUGACAUCGCAAAUGAAUUGAUCCAUUCGACGAUACCAGAAGACAAACCAGUAACCGUAGCAGCAAUAAUGAACUCAACGGCAGCGUUCGAUUACGGCGGACGGCAUCUACAGCAACUCGCUGUUCAUGCAUGCAGCCACAUCACACGUCGGCAACAUUGUACAGGUGCAGACAGCAUCCGGCGUCACAUUCGAGGGAGUCUUCCGGACAUUCUCAUCACAGUUUCAGGUUGUGCUGGAAAUGGCACAUCGCAUUGAAGUCGGCCCGGAUAACGACAGCAAAAUAAUCGUAGAUUCGGUAGUCGAUCGGCUCAUCUUCAAGCCCAGCGACAUUGUCAGUAUUUCUGCCAAAGACGUCGACCUAGAUUACGCCACUAGAGACACAUUCAAGACAGACACCGCCAUCUCCCGCUGUAACGGUAACGGCCGGCCGGAGGAACGGGAACUCGAACCGUGGGAUGAGAGUGGCACACUGAAUGGGGACUGUGAGUUCAACUUGGAACUCGACGCCAACGCCAAUGGGUGGGACGUGAAUGAUAUGUUCCACAAGAACGAAACGAUCUACGGUGUUCAGUCAACGUUCGAUCAGUCGCUGUCCGGCUACACGGUACAGAUACAGAAAAAGGAUUCCGACGAUUUCAAAGCACAGGAAACCGAAGCGGAAAGAAUUGCCAAUGAAAUAGAGAAUAAUCCUGUGUACAAGGAUCGCAUCGAUCUGGAAAACGGUGACGAAGAAUCAGCAUUUGCCGCUGUGUCUCGACCAUCGAAUUCCAGCCCGCAGCCGUCGUCGGCUGCAUCACUUUCGCCUGCACAAAGCUCCAAUAGUAUGAACGAUAAAGGUACCAAUUCAGUGAUGCCAUCGAACGCUAAAUACAUUGUACCCGCCAAACGUAAGUCGGGACAAGCUGGUAAGUUGACUGUUCGGAGCACGCCACCACCGUUAACGAAUAACGGUGGGCCACCUCCACCGCAGCAACAGCAACAACAGCUACCACCACAGCAACCACCAAGCCCACAGGGGCUAACACAGAAAAACAUUUAUCCUAGCAUGUCAAUGCCACCACAGCAGCAACAACAGCAACAGCAGCAUCAACAACAACAACAACAACCGCAGCAACAGCAGCAGCAACAUCAAAUGCAGCAGGCACAAUCACAACCUCAACCGCCUCCUCCCAGUAAUCAACACGUUGGAGGAAUGCAGCAACAAACCCCGCACGGUUCCCAAUAUGGCAACAUGCAUGCUAAUCCAUCACCCUACGGUCACGUUCAGCAUCAACCCCAUCAACAACAGCAGCAGCAGCAGCAACAACAACAACAACAACAGCAAGUGCCACCACAGCAGCAUAACCAAUCGUCAGUUGUAAAUAGUAAUAAUAAUAUGAACAAAAUGAACGGCGAUGGUGGAAGGGGAGACGUGUCGAAUAGCAAUAGCAUGAAUGUAAAUAAUAACACUAAGCCUUUGCCUCAGCGUACCGUGCGGCAGUAUCCGAACGCUGCCACGGUUAACUAUAACGAGCCUCCGCCAUCGCUCGGACCACAGCAGAUGUCCGGACAGUUGCAAACGAUGGGAAAACCACCGAUGCAUGUCACACAUCCACAUCACGCAGUGGCUACCCACAUGCCACCGCCACCGGUGGUUGCCGCCGAUCAGCAGAUUCAAUCUCAGGUGGUCAUGCAACCACAUCACGUUGUGUUGCCCCCACCCAUUAUUAGCGUUGCUACAGGUCCUGCUCCUUCCCAGCAGCAGCAAAUGCAGCAACCUCCACCACAGCCACAGCGCCAAGUGGUUGUUCGAUCACGUGAUAUGGAGGUUGAUAAUCUGCGCAAGUUCGGUCAAGACUUCAAGUUGGCACCACCACAGCAGCAGCCACCGAUGCAGAACGUUCAUCAACAACCUCCCCCUCAACACAACGUUCAACAGAUGCAGCAACAGCAGCAGCAGCAGCAACAACAACAACAGGAUCAUUCGUCACCUAACCAACCACCAAUGGAAUCCUCACCCCCACUUUCACAGGUCCAGAAGCACACAGUGGACCACGUGCCACAUCAACAACAGCAAAAUCAAUCCUCUCAAACCCCUUCCGGAAUGGUUCAUCAACAUCAGCCACAACAUAUGGUUCAAACUCAACAAACGCAACCACAACAGCAACAGCAACAGCAACAACAGCAGCAGCAACCACAAUCUCAACCUCCACCACUACAACAGCAGCAGCAGCAAACACAACAAAGUCAGCAGCAGCAUCAAGUCGUAGCAUCGACACCACCUCAAACGGCACCAUCUGUACAUAGCAACAACAACCAGAUAAACACAUCGACCAGCAGUAACAGUAGCACUGGAACGAACUCAAACGGCUCCGGGCCAAACAGUUCGGCGGUGGACAACGGUGCUGGAAAUACCAACCCGGACGGCACAGCCAAAGUUGCCCCGAAAAAGACUUUCACUCUGAAUCCAGCUGCUAAACCGUUCACUCCACGUAGCCCUAGUACUCCCAAUCCUUCACGUCACACGUCUUCUAGCCCACACACCCCGCAGACGCCCGGACCGGUGAUGACUCAGCCUCAGAAUACCUAUCCGGGCCAGCAGCACGUGGCCCCACAGCAGAUCAUCAUGUCGUACGUGAUGCAACCUCCGCAGACCGCAUUCCAGCCAACCCAGCAACAUCCGCACGCCGGUCAACCGACGCGCAUUCGGAAAGUACCCGUCGCUGCUGCUUCACAGAUCCAGGUGGCGGCGGCUACCGGGCAGCCUCUGUUGGCACCAGGCCCGAUCCAGAUGUUCCCGCCAUACCCGCCAACGAUUCAUCCGCAGCAUUUCCAGGCACCGUCAUUCCAACCAUAUCGGAUCUUUCACGAACCAUCGCAGCCAACGCAGCUGCAGUACCUAGCGCCAACACCGCCAUCGACGACACCGUCACCGGGUCAACCACAUCAGCAGUAUCAUCCCGGCCCACAGCCGUCACCGGCCGCCGGUGGGCCACCCACGUACGCUCCAGCUCAUCAGCAGCAGCCUCCACACUACCCGAUGAUGUGUCCAAUAGUGGCCGCACCACCGCAGAUGCUGCCAGCGGUGUAUCCCAAUAUGACCCCGGGGGCGGCCCAACAGAACCACCAUCAGCAAAACUUACACGUCAUGCACGUUGCGCAGCAUCCAUCCGCUCAGUAGCAUAAAUUCAACGCCACCACCACCAGCAGCAACAACGGCCACCAUCACCAUCUGCACCACCAUCCGCACCACCACCAUCAUCAUCACCCGCACACCAACGCAAAUGUCACUACGGUGACCACCAGCCAUCAUCAGAACAGCUAUUCGUCGUAUGGUGGAAAGACGAUCAAGAACUGAAACUGUUCGGCUGCUGGUGUGACAUUUGGGUUGAGUUUUAAGUUUUUCGAUGUGUCAUCUGUUGAUUGUACUAAUUAGAAGCAAAGCGUCUUACGGAAACAUUAGAACGAGAGAAAGAGCGAUCUAUGUAACGUGUAGGUGUAUGUGUGUGUAUGUACAUGCAUGUGUGUGUGUAACAGAAAAAAAUUGAAAACGAAGCAGAAGUAAGUUGCAGUUGAUACAACUACUUUCAGUUGUUUGAUUGUUUUGCGGAGCAAAAUACGUUAGUACUACUAGAGUAGCUAUAUCGAUAGAUUAGAACCAAACGGAGUGAGUGGCGGAAUUUAGAUGGAAUGCGCUGCAUUUUACUGUAAUAAGCAACAUAAUAACAUAAAUGCGCUGGGGGUUGAACAAAACAAUGAAAUGAAAGGCAAAAGAAGAAGGAGGUGGAGAUUAAGUAGACAACUUUUAUCAAGCAGAAAGCAACCGACAGUGAAAUAAUAAAUAAAAAUGAGACUUGUUUAGGAUUGAAGGGCAAAGUGAAGGAUGAACGAAUCAAACAACUAUUGAAAUCAAAGAGCAAAACAGGUAUUGGUAGUCCAAUAUCGAAAUAGCUAUUGGAACAAGUAGUAGAGAGAAAUCAACUGUUGUCGAAAUAAACUAGCGGGAAAGUUCGUUCACGAUUGAAAGGAAAACGAAAGUGAGGUUCACGAACACUAACAGACAUAUUUGUUAUCUUGUUUUUACAGAAGUGAGGAAAUAUAAUUGUUUAACUUAUUAAGAAGCGGCACAUCAACGGUGUGUCCGUUGACAUUCUAAGCUGAUCAACUCCUAGAUGAGCGUUGGAUUAAGCCCUGUUACUGUUUGGUUUCUUAUUUCACGGUGUACACAUGUGGUGUUCCUUUUUUUUGAACGAAUAUCUGCCGUUUUCUCAGUAUCGAUAACAGAAUGGAGUAGUAAUAAGAUUAAAUGAAAACAAAAAUCAACCUGUAACUUGACUCGUAAUUGUCAAACGGUACUCUUACAGUAUACAGUUCGAGGCGAAGAUAACUGAACUCGAAGUUUUGAUUGAAACAAAAGCGUGUCCCAAACAUGAGCUGGACUCUAACGAUCAAAUCACGUAACGUUGCUAAUUGCUCGAGUUCGAAUGGUUAUUUCGAAUCCCUCAACUAACUAGAAGUAAUCAAAGACAAAAAAAAAAGUAUAUGAGUAGAAGAGCAAACUACUCCAGCAAGCGCAGAGGGUGAAUUAGAUUGGUGAUUCCGUUGUAUGCAGUGUUCUCUUUCGGGAAGGCUUCACAAGCACCUGACUGAUCAUUGACACCGGGCAAAGAUACACAAAGGUUCUGUACUAAUAGACUGACUUUUCUGUUGUGUACCAUUUUCAGAAUAGUUGACAAAAAUGAUCUCUCCGAAUCGAAAAAGUUACGAGUUAUCGCAAAUUUUCAUGUCAUCUUUUUCCUCCAUCAGUCUUUUUAUUGUGUCAAUGGUAUCACUCACUUGUAAAAGUGAAGUACGUUCGCUGUGCAGUUUCACUGAUCCCGACGCUUGUGGAAGUGCAGUAGUUUAUUUUUUUUAGUUACGUUCGAGCUAUAAUUUUGAAAUAUCGAAAAUAUAAUCUUGUACUUCGAUCGAAUGUGCAAUUUUCAUUGUGUAUUUCAAUCCAGUUCGAAUUUUCCGUAGAAAAUUAUCACUCAAUCGAAAUUCAGAGCGAAAAUAUUCAUAAUUGAUCGAAAUAUUCACAUUGGAUCGAAAUGCCUUCAGUUUUACCAAAAAGUAAUUUUAGGAUACCAAAUGACUCGCAUAAUUUAUGAGAAGAAGUAAAUUCGGCACCCCAUAAGGGAUGUCAAACAACGCGCUUUUAGUUUAAUAGUGAGAUUAAUCUUCACCAGCAUAAAUUAUUGCUUGGCAUCUCCGAGGCAUACUUUCGACUAAAUUUUCGACGUUUUCGAGGGGAAGCGCCUUCCAAAUGGGUCGAAUUUGUCGGAAAAGCUACUUCAAAGUGGAAACACGUUUUCCACUGAGCUUUUGCUUGAUGUAGGUUCGGACGUUUUCGAUAGGAUUUGCAUCAGGCGAUUGCGAAGGUCAAUUAAGUGUCAAUGCACUCUUCCCGUUUUCAUUCUGCAGAGCUGGCUGUGGUGUUUGGAAUCAUAAUCUUCUUUCAAGAUCCAGACCUCCUUUUUUACAUUGUUUUGCGCACAGAUGUUCCUGAAUGGCGACGUAUAAUAGCUUGCUUCAAUUUCGCAUAUUCUUGGCGUCUUGGCAUUCCUUUUAGUUUCUUUUUUAACAACCGAUUUUUAGAGCACAGAAUCAUUGCACGGCUAGUACUACGGUACUACUGACGAUUUUAAUCGUUUCAGGUCGGGACUAGAACAUACAACUACUGGCUUGUAAAACUAGCGCCCUAGGCAUUGAACCGCCAAUCCGGGCCGUGAUUCGUAGCUCGUCCUUUUUGGUCACGAUUUCGAAGGUCACCGACGGUUUUUGACUAUUUAAAUCGUGGAAUCCACUGCUUGACUGGAACCGGAAGGCAGAUCCGGAUGAAAUUCAGGAAAAUUCGUAUCUAGGAAAUUAUGCACCCAGGGCAAAACUUGAUUUGCCGCCUCCAACGUUGGUUUAAUAAAUAAAAGUGUAAUACACUUUAUCUCUGGAAGGUUCGAUUUGGCGAACAAAAAAAAGGUCCCAAGGAUUGAUUUGCUGCCCCCAAAAAACGCCCCAUUCGCACUAGAGUGCCCCUUAGAAAAAGGCGGGUGGGUAAUGUCAGAGACAUAACUGGAUGUCGUGAAUACGAAAACAACUGACAUGUUCUUUAACACUUCCGAAUACUAGCUUUACAAACGACACACAAUACAUCUACUCGCAUCUACUCCAAAUUGAUCCAAUUUUUGUUAGGAGGUUUCUUUUUACGUGAUUUCGUUUGUAGUUUUGACACUAAUGGGCGGUCCUAACGGCUAUAAAAAUAGCAGCAUAUAGAAUUUUUAUGUCGAUUAUUUCAUUUUGGAUUUGCAUUUCAUCGAAAGAAACUAUCAGGAUACUGUACGGGAUUCAUUCCUGCCUUUCAGAAGGACCAAAUUGUGGAACUCACUACGAUAUAAAGCACUGUUCGGAACAUUUUUCUCGUACGAUUUGUUGUACAGCAGCAGAUAUUUUGUUCUCUUCCUCAGAACGUGUUCUGAUUGGCUGGUGUUGACAUGGGUCAAAUGAGACUGGUUUUUCAAUAGUGUACUAUUGAAAUACUUCAAUGCUGUUGCUUUACACGUUUAAGUUGAAAAAUUUCGAUUCUUUUGGUAGUUAGAUUAUAUAAAUCCUUUCACAGAUCACUGAGCUAUGAGCUUUCAAAAUACGAGAAAGGCAAACGCGCCUUAUGAAUUAUCCUCUUUGAUACUCGUUUAUACGAAACAUUUCAGAAAAGUUUAAUUUUGAAUUGUUUGAGAUUAUGUCACACAACUGAAAAUUUUAUCAUAAAAUUGUGAUCAUAUUUCCGAUGGCAUGUAGCAAAAAAUAUGUUGAUACGUUAGAUACAACAAGAGAUAUUCACGAUCAAAAACUUAUCACUCUCUCAGAGGAUAAAUUUUGAAAAAGCGCCCCAUAGUAAAGUAAUUCGUAUUAACGACAAAAUAUAUGAAAUAAAGAAUAAAAAGGACGCAAUGAAUAUGCAACGCAAAAAUAACCACCUUUCCUUGAGUUCCUUGAUGAGAAACAUUUUUUGCAUCAAUUUCAAUAUUUUGUUAUGUGAAUGCGAAUGUUAUCUAAUGCUGAGUAAAAACAAUCUCAUCUCCCUUUUUAGUAAAAAUAUUUACUAGCGAGAGACACACGAAAAAAACAUAGAGAAAACCUCGCUUGAAACAUUCAUGCCAAUCAUGCAAUGCAUUCAUGAAGUAAUAAUUCAAAAUUGCUUCGAUAAUACAUACCUUGACAUUAUUUCCGAUAAACACUCUAAUUAAGACUCAAGCUAUUCCUUCAAAACUACUCAAAUUCAUUAAUUAUAUAUUAAAAAUUUAAUAAAAGUAACCAGCACAAUCGUUAUAUCACAGAUAACAGAUAUACAGGCUCACAUAUGAACUGUGUGCAAAAUUUGCUCAAUCAGCGUGGCGAAUACUUGCAGAUGUCACCACGAUCGACACGAGGUGCCACCACGAUUUGGGUGCCGAUUUAACUGAGUCACAAUUUUGGGUGCAACAUUCUCUUCACGCUAGAUUUUUGUUUUGCUGUUGGUUAAAAUGACAAGUUUAUUUUUGUUUUAUUCCGAUCAAAUUCUCAUGUGAUUCAUGCCACAUGGAAAUGAAGUUGUCUUUAACACUUAGGGAAAUCGUGUGAUAAGUGUUAAAAUUGUUGUAGUUUUUCUAUCACAUGCAGGAGGAUUUUGUUAUUGUUCCGGAACGUUUUGAAAGAUCACGGCGAACAGUGGAGUAGGUGGCAGUAGUGUUUCCAACGUAUAGCAAAUUUGUAAUUUACACAGGAUUUUGAAAAAUUUUGUUCAAGCCUUUAUAUCUGUUAUAUGUGGUUAUAUCUAAUAUCAAACUAUAGUGGCAUAGUUUUAGUUUUCAUUUAUUCAGAUUUGCAUUCAGGCGCAAAUGCAAAGCAAUGUCUUGGCAUUACAUUCCUUUUGUGGAAUUUUGCCUUUCUGUUUCAACAGACAUCGCAGUCGAUUCUUAGGCUGUGAACCAGUUCGCGGUUAAUUUUAACUUUCGGUUAAAAUCUGACACUAGUUUGGUUAUUUUGUGUGGAGUAGUUAAAUUUAACCAAAACUGCGGCCCAUUUCAAAGUUAUUUGGGUUUACUUUGCACUGGAAAUAAUUUUAACUAAAGAACUGAUAUUAGAAUUUUCUUAGCAAGCUGUUUUUUCAGUGUGUGGAAAAUAACCAUCGAUCUGUCAAAAAUAACCAUGCUUUCGAGCAGGGUUAUUUUUGACAACAUCAAAAUAACCACUCGAGUGUCAGAUUUCAACCAAAAGUUAAAAUCAACCACGAAAUGGUUCACAGCCUUAGGGCAUAUUCAGGAGUGUUCCAGUUCUAGAUGGAUAAUUUAUGUCAGUUUUAAAAUUUAAAUCUAGAAAUUAUAACAAAAUAAACUGGCAGCCCCAGCAGCGUUUUAUCUGUGUUUCAAAUGUAGAAAAAAUAGAACGGUAGUGUAUACCAGUUUUAAAUUUGACAGUAGAACUGGUCGAAUAAAUAAAACUAAAACGGAUUGCUGGGGAUACGUUUGUUUCAGUUUCAUUUACAUUAUAGACCACCCAUAUGAAUCUUGCAACUGCUGAAUUUGCUCUUAGCGUACAGAAUCAUUGCAUGGCUGAUACUACGAUCCUACUGACACUUUUGAAUCCUUCCAGGUCGGGGGUCGAACAUAUGACAGCUUGCUUGUAAGACCAGCGCCGUAUGCAUUGAACCGCUAACUCGGGCGCAAAUGCACUAGCAGAGCUAUUUCUGCUCUUUCUAUUUUGACAUUUGUACAUCGUGUUUAAUAAUGGAAAAUAAUGGCAGAAAUCAAGCAAUUAACCUCUGCAUUAUUACAGCUAAAUAUUCAAUCUUUUUUGUGGUUUUAUAACAGCUUUACUGUAGCAUACAAGACUGAUGAGUCUUCAAUGAAAGUUCUAUAUAAGCUGAUAAAGCAAAAAUACGACGUCGUUUUGAUGCUUAUUGGUUACUUGGUGUAAAGAGAGUCAAGUAUCUCUAAUUAAUAUGUUUAAAAUCAAAAUGUGAGGAUACUAACAUAGCUACUCAAUCUUCAGAUGAGAUCCAUUCGUUACUGAUAAACAUUGGUUCUAAAUCCUUCGCAAUCCUUAAUACGUCAAAGAGAAUGACACCACAAUCUCUACGAGUUAUUUAAUUUAAAGGAAAUGACAAAAACAUUACUCUUCGGGAAUACGAAAAAUGUUCAUGGAAUCGACGAUUUGAUAAUAUUAUCUAAUAAAAUUCGGAAAUUGCUCAAAAUCCAACGCUCUGCGAGAAAAUAGAUCGGUUAACCAAACAGGCAAACGGUUUGAUUCUAUUUUGUCCUUAGAACUCAUAUUAUCUAAACCGAAAUGAAAUAGCAUCCGUAGUCCUCCUUCAUUACCCCUCCCAAAUAGUAAUAGCCAGAAACGUGGAGCAUGAUGUAGAGAGAAAAAAAAGAAGAUUUAAAGGCACCAUAGUUAAAUGAAUUACACUAUUCAACCGUAUCGGAUCUCGAUCGAUCCUGCAAGUCGGUUUGAUGAAGAAAAAAAUUAAAAAGCAGAAAGGUAUGAUAGUGACUGGAGUUGAAGUACGUGAAGUACUUCGAACACUACAUUUUUCGAUUGUUGAAAGAGUUGUGCAGUUAAGCAAAAAUUUGAGCGAAACAAAGCAAAGAGUGAUCGUGAGUCGAAUGCAAAUACUAAUAGUCAAAGAAGAGAACUGAACAUAGGCAUCAACAGACAGAGUGUGGGAGAACUGUCAUCAGUUGAAAUAAAAGAAGAAGAAGAAAAAAUAAAGCGAGGGAAUCGAAACACUAUAGCCAAUAAAACAAAUGUAACUUAUUAAAAUUGAACUCUAGCAAAAGGAAACUAACAAAACGCGCGGUAGUAGCGAGUGGAACGGAGCCGCUUUAGCCACUACACAAGUUACACGGUAAAAUCGGUGCUAAAAUACUGUGACCGAACGGAAGCGAAAGGAGAGUUUGAAACGACAUUCGCUGCAAUUUGCCGAUGAAAAGAGCCAGGAUAGGUGUUAUACACAGUAUGCAGCAUGUCAAACAUGUAAAAUCAAAACAGAUAAGGAAAGAAGAAGAAGAAGCAAAAGAAAGAUAAUACAAGCAUAUGAUUAUUCGAAAAAAGAUCGAGAACGGUAGAAUUGCAAAAGGGAUAGCUGUUGAAACAAAGAAGAAAUCUCGUCAGUAAGCACAUGUUGGGCGGAAGCGGAAUGCUUAGUUAUCGAUUGGUUAUGAACAGUGCUAGAGCUAUUGAUCCUAAUUUCACACGUUUCCAUAUAGUUAAAUGAUCUCUGAAUCUCUGGUAGCUGCUGUGUUCCUAUUGAAGGUGCCAAGAGGCAUGGAAUAGAUUCAAAUUAUGAUACAAUUCUAGAGAGUAGAUUAUUUAGCUAGUUCAGUACUAUUCUUACAAACUCCUUAGUGUUGCUUUCAAAACAAAUUAUUUCGUUACUUCGAGUAAACUUUCAUAAGCCAUCUGAAUAUUUGCUACCCUGAUAAGUACCAAACUGUUAUUUUUGUUUUGGGAAAAAUGAAUUUCACUUUUUUCACCUAACUACUGUUCAUAUAAAAGUCAAUCAUUGUUCUACUCAAAAAAUGAUUAAACCUAGCGAUGUUGUUUGAAAUCUAAACUUUAGCCAAACCAACCGAUGCCUACGUGACGUGACGCUACUGUCCAAAAUGUGUGUGCGUGUGUGACUACUACCCUCGAAAGGUGAGCGGUAAAAACCUAGAACGGGCAGCAGGUCCACUCAAAAACAGGUACCGAAAGUUGUUACGGAAAAAGACAGACAGACGAUGCAAAAAAUAAAAAAACUGCAUCCGAGAAUAAUAUGCAAUAGUUGAUAAAUGAAGCUUUCCAUCAAGUUUAGUUGUUAUUCAUUUAUUUUCAUAAACAACUUCAACGAUUUUUUUUGUUUCGCAAGCGUUCAAAAAGGAAGCAGAAGAAGAAAGCAAAAUAUUUUCGAAUUUUCGCCUUAACAUCAUGCAACAUCAUUCGAAUAUCAUCAUUAUAUCAGUGCAAAUGGAAUAAAUAAAAACAAAAAAAAACAGCUGAAAUCAUCGUAGGCGAAAUUGUGAGAACAAAUUUAGCGAAGAACUAUUUUUUAUGUUACACUGUUUUAUGUUUACUCUGCAUGUUCCUCGAAUAUGACACGAAACAGCGUCCCCAAGUAGAAAAAGAGUUUUCUACAUGUUAAACUACUGCUGCUGAUGAUGAUGAUGAUGAUGAUCAAGAUGAUGAAGAAAAAAGAGCAGAGAAAAAAAAUAAGAGUUCGAGGAACAGAAAAAUUGUUUUUAUGAUUAAAAGAUCAUUAUUUUAAGUGAAAAAGAAAAACAAGUCUAAAAAUAAAACAAAAAAACGCUAAACAAAAACCGAAA